AUAAGCAACAGAAAAUGGAAUUAACCAACAAUUUCAUAACAAUAAAGGCUCAUAUAGAUGGAGAACCCAAAGAGACUGACUUCGAGAAUAAGGCCAGACAUCUUGCUCUGUCCGUGGCGCCGUGCUCCAAUGACAUUAUUGUGAAGAAUCUGUAUGUAUCAAUCGAUCCAUACCAGAUAAACCGGAUGAAGAGUUGGAGCUCCUCACAGAAAGCUACAAAGAUUACAGUUUCUAUUGUUAUUGAGGCUUAUGGUGUGGGGAAAGUAGAGGCUUCCGGGAAUCCUGAAUUUGCAAAGGAUGACUUGGUUGUGGGACUUCUUAUUUGGGGAGAGUACAGUUUACUAAAAGGAGAAUACAUUUUAAGGAAGUUGGAUCCUAUGGGAUUUUCACCAUCUUACCAUAUUGGAAUUCUAGGGCAUAGCGGACUGACAGCCUAUGCUGGAUUUUUUGAAGUAUGCAAACCCAAGAAGGGUGAGAAGGUCUUUGUUUCUACAGCUUGUGGGUCUGUUGGAAAUUUGGUUGGACAGUAUGCAAAACUCUUCGGUUGUUAUGUUGUUGGCUCUGCCGGAAGCAAAGAAAAGGUAGCAUUUCUCAAGGAGAAGCUUCGUUUUGACGAUGCAUUCAACUAUAAGGAAGAGACUGACUUGAAGACAACCCUCAAAAGGUUCUUCCCUGAUGGAAUCGAUAUAUACUUCGACAAUGUGGGGGCCGAGAUGCUAGAAGCGGCUGUUGCUAACAUGAAUUUCUUUGGUAGAGUUGCAGCUUGUGGGGUAACAUCUCAGUACAAUGAUGCUGGAAAGAGAUGUGCACCAGACAUGGAAGGUGUUGUGUACAAGAGAAUCAAAAUCCAGGGUUUUAUAAGUAUUGAUCAUAUGGACAUUUUUUCGGAUUUUGUUUCGACUACUGCAUAUCACCUUCAUGCAGGAGAUAUUCAGGCCAUUGAAGACAUCUCACUUGGUCUCAAGAGCAUCCCACUUGCUUUCAUUGGACUAUUUCAUGGCCAUAACAUUGGAAAAAAGAUAGUUAAAAUUGCUGAUGAGUGAUUUUGCACUAAAGCUUAUUAUAUAAAAUUUAAAUAUGUUUUAUGUAUGGAUGCUCAUGUUUUAAUAGUAGACAAAAGGAUGUUAUCGAAACAA